AUCUCAGCUGGGGUGGGGCGCAGCAACGGGCUUUAGGGAACCACCCAACAGGGAGAAAAAUUACACGAUACAUUUUGGUCGACUUGCCGCUGUGUAAUGGAUCAAUAUAGAUCGUGUGUGUUUUUUUCCCCUGUCGCCACCCCCGCCUCCACUUUGUCUCCCGGAUCGCCAAGUUAGCCAACUAGCGCGCGCGUUACGCGAGUGCCUUCGCAAACAAACGCCUUCCGCGUCCCUGCGGCUCUGUGAAGUUCAUUCUUCUUUUCCUCAAUACCUAAGGCAGCUCUAGUUCCCAAGUUGGUGUGCUUUACCAUCCUCGCAAAGAUGGAUGUCAUUUUCAACAACCGUCAGCGACCCAUCCUGCCGCUGCCGCAGGUCAUCGAAGCGCUCGAACGAUUACGAGACAACCCUCAACAGCUUGCUCAUGAGAGAGAUCGACUCUACGACGAACCCCCUCCGCCGUAUUCAGAAUCGGGCGAAACCACCGAGCCUCCGACCCCCGAGCCUCCGACCCCCGAGCCUCCGACCCCCGAGCCUCCUCCCGCUGUUGACAAGACGUAUCAGCGACGUCUACGAUUGGAGGCUCACUACAAGUCAACGCCAAUAAACCAGUUUGAGAGCCAGGCUAAACGUGAGCGCGAGCGGCUCGAGCAUCAGCUAUCAGAGGUGCGCUAUGGUCGAAGACAGACGCUGCCGUGGGACAAUUCCCUGGAUUUGAUGGCCAACUCCGAGAACAAUAUCCGAAGCCGUUGGGUAGAGCAAGGCAUCUGGGGGGACGACUGGGGCCCAGCCUGGCCCAAGAACAGUCAACCGUUGACGACGAAAUGGCUACAUGAAGGGGGUGGCCCUUUCCAUGGCCCCCAUAACCCUACCACGUCGGGCUCCCGGCCAGGCGCUCGUUGGGGUCAUGAGGAACCUGACCCAGAACCGGAAUCGGAAUCGGAAUCAGAACCAAAGCCAGAGUCGGCACCAGAGCAAGAGCAGGAACGACGUCCCGUCAUGAGUAUUUUCGAUCCUGCUUAUCGCCAACCGGAACGGCCAAAGCCUCCUCGCCGGCGGCCUAUCGGGUAUAUCCAGACACCGUGGGGACCGGUUGCACGAUACCCCAUUCCGAUACCCACCGUUCGCAAUCCUGAGGCAUCUCGCCCCUACCACCAAUUCGUGUAUCAGAUAUCCAAGGAGCGUGAAUGGAUCAAAGAUGAGAUGGCCCACACUGCACCCGGUAGCGCCAUCGACCUCGAUGCCAUGGCCUACGAAAGCGUCAAGAACAACUGGAUCAAAGAUGGGGUCUGGCACCCCGAGUGGGAUGACCAGCCGGGAAGGACGUGGAAGCAUGAAGAGCCUGAGCCUGAGGAUGAGGAAGAAGGGGUUGGGGAAGCUCCCCAUCCCCCUUCUAAUCCCUCUAGCAGGCGGCCGAGCGAUACCGCCGAUGGCAGACAACCUACCCUAACACGAUACUCCUACCUCUCCGCCCGGGCGCCAAUUCACGAAGUUGCUAAUGAUCGCACUGAUGACGGACCAACUCGAGGUCCUAGGAGUGCCGAAGCGGAUUUGCCGUCCUCGGAACGCAGCAAUAUACCCUCCCGCCCUCGUCGAUCUAAGCGCACACGCGAAUCCGACACAGUCGCCGACGAGCAGCUUCCGAAACGGUCGAGGUACAACACUCGACACCCCAGGAAUGUUGUCACAAAGGGUGCGACACUUGAAAGAGCAGUGUCUACGACCAAGAGAACCAGAGGGGAAAGAGUCGAAGCUACUUCCAUUCCACUUCGCCGCAGCCCUAGAAUUGCAGCAAAACAGGCUGCUCAGGCUGCUAACGUUCCGGCAGAGCCGCAGAGGGGACAGCCGAGGUCUGUGCAAACGAAGACUGCAAAGAGAGGCCGCCCAAGACGGGGCGGUCGAGGACGAGGCGACCAGGACGACACACCGAUGCCGAGGAGGAAUGCAACAAAAGGGGCCCGCACUGUUCGGGCAAAGACUAGGAAGUAGGAUCAAAGUAGGGGGAACACCCAAGAGCUGCUGGCUAGACACUACAAGGUGCUUGAGGCCGGCCCAGUUGGCAAAGAGGAAGGCUUCCUCUAGGAUUCCUCGGAAGGAUAACACAGUCCAAACUGAUCGAUUACAGGCGAUAUCUUGAGCCGUUCAAAUCGUUCAAACGACUGUUCUACACGUGUAGAAUGCUUCAAAUGGCCA